AUGUAUCAAUUCCUUGGAAUAACUAUGUUGAUGACAAGAAAUAGUCGCUUAACGAUUGAAGAGCAUUGGUCUACUAACCCAUUGUUGAACUCGCCAAUUUAUACUACUCUAAUGAGUAGAAAUCGAUACACUACAAUAUUAGGAAUGUUACAUUUUUGUGAGCCUGGACCAAGACAGCCAUAUGAUACUAUUUUAUCAAAGAUUAGCGUAGUAUUAAAUGAUGCUAGAAUAAAAUUUCAAAAUUUAUUUAUUCCGCACCAAAAGUUAUGUGUAGACGAAAGUAUAGUUCCAUUUAAAGGAAGGUUAAUUAUUAAGCAAUAUCUUACAAACACAAGAAAUAGAUUUGGUGUAAAAUUGUUUGUACUAUGCGACGUUGAAACUAGAAUUAUAUUAGAUUUCAUUGUAUACUCUGGUACUGAUACCGAAACACAAAUUAUACGUGAUAGUGACAUUGGUUUAAGUGGGUCAGUAGUUCUUACCUUCCUGCAAAAAUAUUAUUUCACUAAUCGUAUUAUUUACAUGGACAACUGA